UUGCUAAAGAAACAUUUCAGAUACUCUUCAUUUUAACGUUACAUAUAUGUCAGUACUUUACAUAAAACAAUACCUUAGAUCAUACAUUAUAUUCUUGAGAUAAUACUCUUCAUCUACCUCUCACACUUUGGGCAAAAAUUGCAGCAAUGAUGACAGUUGACUAUCAAAACUGCUUCAGUUUCAUACUCCUCUGCUUCUUUUCACUCCUCUGUCACUCUCUCUUUUUCAAGAAACUAAAGGAUCAACAAGGUGGCUAUGAUUUGCCUCCGAGCCCUCCGUCUCUUCCCAUAAUAGGUCAUCUUCACCAUCUCCUCUCUUCCCUAGCACACAAAUCUUUACAGAAACUCUCAUCCAAGUACGGACCUCUUCUAUAUCUCAGCAUCUUCAACUUCCCUGUAGUCCUCGUCUCCUCGGCCUCCGUGGCUUACGAGAUCUUCAAGGCCCAUGACCUUAACAUCUCGUCCCGUGACAACCCUCCAAUCGACGAGUCUCUCUUAAUCGGAUCUUCGGUUUUCGUUGGCGCCCCUUAUGGAGAUUAUUGGAAGUUCAUGAAAAAGCUCUUGGUUACAAAGAUUCUGGGAACACAAGCACUUGAGCGGUCAAGAGGCGUCCGUGAGGAUGAGCUAGAGCGGUUUUACACAAGCCUGCUCGAUAAGGCGACGAAGAAGCAGAGCGUUGAGAUAGGUAAGGAAGCAACGAAGCUCAUUAUCAACAGCAUCUGCAGAAUGAGCAUGGGGAGGAGUUUUUCAGAGGAGAAUGGUGAGGCUGAGAGAGUGAGAGGUUUGGUAACCGAGUUAGAUGGCUUGACGAAGAAAGUUUUGUUGGUAAACAUAUUGCGCUGGCCGUUAGAGAAGCUCGGAAUCUCACUGUUCAAGAAGGAGAUAAUGUAUGUUUCCGACAGCUUUGGUGAGGUACUUGAGAGAGUUCUUGUGGAACAUGAAGAGAAGCCAGACAAGCAUCAAGGUAACGACCUGAUGGAUGUGUUGUUGGAAGCUUAUGGAAAUGAAAACUCAGAGCAUAAGAUCACUAGGAACCACAUCAAGUCGUUGUUCGUGGAGCUUUUCCUUGGCGGCACUGAUACCUCAGCACAAACUAUACAGUGGACAAUGGCUGAAAUCAUUAACGACCCUAACAUUCUUACAAAACUGAGAGAAGAAAUCGAUUCGGUUGUAGGAAAGACAAGGCUGAUUCAAGAAACAGAUCUACCAAAGCUCCCUUAUUUGGAAUCUGUAGUCAAAGAAGGGCUAAGAUUGCAUCCGCCAUUGCCUCUUGUGGUAAGGACGUUGCAAAGAAGUGGUGAGAUCAAAGGGUUCUACGUACCAGAGAAGACAACACUUGUAGUUAAUGCUUAUGCUGUGAUGAGAGACCCUAGUUCUUGGGAAGAUCCGGAUGAGUUUAAGCCAGAGAGGUUUCUAGGGAAGAAAGGGGAUGAGAGAAAAGCCUUAAAGCACAUUGCUUUCGGAAGCGGAAGGAGAGGCUGUCCUGGAUCAAAUCUAGCAUCUAUUUUCAUAGGAACCGUAAUUGGAACAAUGGUGCAGUGCUUUGACUGGAGAAUCAUAGGAGACAAGGUCAAAAUGGAUGAGGCUGGAGGAAUCAACUUGACCAUGGCUUAUCCCCUGAAGUUGACUCCUAUUCCUCGAAUCGAGCCUUCAUUUUCUAACCUUCAGAUUCCAAAUUCGUCAUCUCCAUGAAUUUGCAGAAGAAUCACACUAUCCUCUGUUUUUUCUCGGUAUCAUAUAAAGUAUAAACGAUUUCCCGGUUAACUUUGGUUUGUUUUAAUUUUAACGGUUUACAAUAUCAAAAACCGCAAAUAUUGUCCUAAAACAAUGUCCCGGUGUGUGUAUUAUUAU